CGGCGGAAGCUGCUCCUCAUUGGCUGCGCGGGCUCCCGGUGUGCACCGCGGCGACGGCGGCGGGAGAUAGUGGCGGAGGCUGAUCCCAGCCUCCCCUUUGUUGUUCCCUAGGAUGGGAAUCCAUGGCCUGGCUAAGCUUAUUGCCGAUGUGGCUCCUGGUGCCAUCCGGGAGAAUGACAUCAAGUCGUACUUCGGCCGGAAGGUCGCUAUCGAUGCCUCCAUGAGCAUUUACCAGUUCCUGAUCGCUGUGCGUCAGGGCGCUGAAGUCCUUCAGAACGAAGAAGGUGAGACCACCAGCCACCUGAUGGGCAUGUUCUACCGCACCAUCCGCAUGGUGGAGAACGGCAUCAAACCAGUUUACGUCUUCGACGGCAAACCACCACAGCUGAAAUCGGGAGAGCUGGCGAAGCGGACUGAGCGCCGAGCUGAGGCUGAGAAACACCUCCAGGAAGCUCAGGAGGCUGGAGAGGAGAACAACAUUGAGAAGUACAGUAAGAGGUUGGUUAAGGUGACCCAGCAGCACACUGACGAGUGCAAGAAGUUGCUGACGCUGAUGGGCAUUCCCUACGUGGAGGCACCGGGCGAAGCCGAAGCCAGCUGUGCCACUUUGGUGAAGGCCGGGAAGGUCUAUGCGGCUGCUACAGAAGAUAUGGAUUGCUUGACCUUUGGUAGUCCUGUAUUGAUGCGACAUCUUACUGCCAGCGAGACGAAGAAGCUGCCUAUCCAGGAGUUUCACCUGAACCGCAUUCUGCAGGAUCUAGACCUGACCUGGGAGCAGUUUGUGGAUCUGUGUAUCCUCCUAGGAUGCGACUACUGCGAGAGCAUCCGUGGUAUUGGGCCCAAGCGCGCCAUUGAGCUCAUCAAGGAGCACAAAAGCAUCGAGAAGAUCAUUCAGCAGAUCGACACCAAGAAGUACCCUCUGCCUGAGAACUGGUUACACAAAGAAGCCCAGAAGCUCUUUCUAGAGCCCGAUGUGAUCAACCCCGAUGCUGUUGAGCUGAAGUGGACCGAGCCGAAUGAGGAGGAGCUCAUCCAAUUCAUGUGUGGAGAGAAGCAAUUCAACGAAGAACGGAUCCGCAACGGUGUCAAGAGGCUGAGCAAAAGCCGUCAGGGCAGCACACAGGGCCGCCUCGACGACUUCUUCAAGGUGACGGGCUCCAUCACAUCAGCCAAGCGCAAAGAGCCGGAGACUAAGGGGUCAGCGAAGAAGAAAGCCAAGACCAACAAUGCCACAGCCGCAAAGACCAAAAAGGGGAAAUAGCCAGGCUGGCUGACCACAAACCCUGUGACUGGUUUUUAUGCUCAACCGGGAAUUUUAGGCUAAUAACAAACUUGUCUUUGUCCUGCAUGUUAGUGCAGGGAAGGAAGCUGCCAAAGGGCUUCCCAACCAGGCUAGGUUAGUGAAUCUGAUGACCAUCUUCCUGCUGGGAUAGCAGAGAGCUGAAACAGCCGCCGGGGGGGUGUUAGAGGCGUGAGGAACCAGGGAGUUGCAUUCAUUAGUUCAGCAGUUUGAGAGUUCCAAUGGGCACAGGGACUAGAAGUGAUACCUGGGCUGUGGAGUUAAAGGGAGGUCUGAUGACAAAUGCCCUGAUUUGAGAAACAAAAAGGUGAAUAGCUAGAGAGGAAACCGGGUGCAAGUGAUGAUAAAGACAUUUCUGCCUGACAAUCCAUCUGGGAAGAGGUGAGUGCAAACAGUAGCUACUGAAGGAGUAGCUGGGGAGGAGUGGAAGGCAGAUUGGAGAGGGAAGGAGACUUGAAAUAAGGAGGUAAAUCUCCCUUUAAUGAGGAUUGGGUUUGGGUUCUUACUUCCCUUGUUGACCUUGCUUUUAUUUAAGAAGCUAAACGAAAGGUUGUAAACCUGAUUCCAUGGAAGUUGUAGCCGAGGCAUAACCUGAGGAUAAGCUGAGCUGACACUGCAGCUCCCCGCACUUGAAUUUUGUCACUAGGUUCUGCUCUAGGUGUAAAAAGAAAAACCUAGAAUGGAAUCCUCUUCACUCCUUGAUUUCCUGAGGCAUCUUUCUGCGUUGGACACGUGGACACAAGUCCCAGAAUGAGAAAAAGAAAAAGACAGUGCCUCUUAUUUUUUCUUAUUUUAUGUUGUAUUUUGCGUAGUCUUUUCAUCUUGUUGAAGCGAUGUGCUAGGAUUUGCUUUCGAAAUAAAAUUUGUAUGUAAAUAUGAUGUUUCUCAUUGUCGGGCGAGGUGGCUUCGACAUGGUUGCUGAAGGAACGUCCCAUUUAGAGGGAUACCCAUCGAACAUCCCAUUUAGAGGGAUACCCAUCGGUGACAAUAGCCAACAAAUCAAGCACAGCCCUAAACAGUGGAAAUCCAAGUUUUAGGCUUUUGGAUGCUUUGUAGACAUCAAAGAUCAGCUCUGCCAAGUUAAAAAACCCAGAGCUGGGGUUGUUUCACAGGCAAAUUCCAUUAAUAUUGCUAAAAUAAUGUUUAUUUUUAAGCUUCCUCAGGAAUUUUCUUAACUGUAGUGUACAGAGCAGCAGGUCUGCAUGGAGGCAGGGAUGUCCUCCCUGGCUGCUGCUUGUGCGCAUGGGAGGGGGAGCAGAGCACCCAAAACUUAGCAGUUUGCUGCUCUGGCUUGGUGGUUUUCACAGAGUUUGGCUUAACCCUAAUUCCAAGCCCUAAAAUGGAGAUAUUUGAGAAGAGGAAGCCUGCAUGGUUUGAAGGAGGGCAGAAGCAUCCAUGUGCUUUGAGAUCCGUGUCUUUUCUCUCCACAGGCAUCUAUGUGGAUGUUUUGGGAUGUGGCAUGGCCUGGCUGCUUAUCCCAUCAUGUUACUUGGAGUAUCUGCACCCAGAAAGGCAGGAAAAUGCUGCAGGGACAAUAGAUUUUAAAAUGAGUGUGAGAGGUGAUAGUUUAUUGCCUGCUCUGUAUCGCAUUUAUCUGUUUAACAAAUAGAUCUGAAGUAUUUGUGCUUUCCACCCUGUGACCUGUCACUCCCAGACCCAAUCUUUCCUUCAACUAGGAAAAUCCUGCUCAGGCAGUAAACCAGUGUCCAGAAAUCCUGUCCCUGGUUUGUCUUUUCUCACAGAAAAGCAGAGCCCAGGUUGGGUUCUCGGUGCGGCUUUCCCGGAGGCUUUAAGGUGUGGGUUAGUUUGGAAGCCAGGCUCUUCAUUACUCAGGUGAUUUCAGUUCAAAACACGGUGAAGACUGUGUUUUCCCAUUGUACGAUCUCGGUGUUUCAAUCUGUAAUUUGUCUUAACAGGAGCUUCUUGAUUAACUACUCCAGCUUUAUCUGUGGAUAUCUUCACUGUGACCACAUGGGAAGCUCCAGUCA